CUGGUCUAUACACGUGACGGACGGAGAUUUAAAAAACGAGAUCAUCUCAUUUCCAAGCUGAAACUUUUUUAACAUCAAUUAAGUCUAAGACUUUCUCUCUUCCUUCUUCCUCCCCUCUCUUUUCCUCGGCAACCAUGGUCACUGCUAUGUUGUCUGCAAGAACAUCACUAGUUUCUAGUUCUCGCAUGUUACGAAGACGUCUUGCCACGUCCGUAAACCCAGUACCUGAGAAAGAUUGCCGUACAAUCACUCCGCCAUAUACCAAGUUGACAGACAACCUUACAAAGGUUAAGCGAAUUCUGGACGGCAGACCCCUUACCUUGGCCGAGAAGAUUUUAUACUCUCAUCUUACCAACCCUGAAGAAACUAUCCCCGUUCGCGGAGAGACUUACCUCAAGUUGUCGCCAGGUUUGUAAUGCAGCUUAGUAUGGCGUGAUCGUUGGUCUGCUAUUAACGGUUGUGGUGUAUAGAUCGUGUUGCUAUGCAGGACGCUUCAGCUCAAAUGGCUGUUCUUCAGUUUAUGCUCUCCGGCAUGAAGACAACUGCUGUUCCAUCAUCCAUUCACUGCGAUCACUUGAUUGAAGCCUUUGCUGGUGCCGAUAAAGACGUUGACACCGCCAUCACCAACAACAAGGAGAUCUUUGAUUUCCUCGAAAGUGCCGCUAAGAAGUAUGGUAUCGCCUUUUGGAGACCCGGAAGUGGUAUCAUUCACCAGAUCGUCCUUGAGAACUAUGCAGCCCCCGGUAAAUUGAUGUUGGGUACUGAUUCACAUACUCCUAAUGCCGGUGGUUUGGGUAUGCUUGCCAUUGGUGUUGGUGGUGCUGACGCUGUCGACGCUAUGGCCAAUAUUCCUUGGGAGUUGAAGGCUCCUAAUGUCAUUGGUAUUAAGAUGACUGGCAAGCUCAACCCUUGGACUAGCCCUAAGGACGUCAUUCUCAAGCUUGCUGGUGAUUUGACUGUCAGAGGUGGUACCGGUCACAUCAUUGAAUAUUUUGGCGAAGGUACACAAACAUUGUCUUGCACGGGUAUGGCCACUAUCUGUAACAUGGGUGCUGAGGUUGGUGCUACCACAUCUGUCUUCCCUUACACUGAAAAGAUGCGUGGCUACCUUGGUGCCACUGGUCGCCGUGCUGUUGCUGAGGCAGCUGACGCCCACAAAGACUUUUUGCGUGCUGACGAAGGCGCUCACUAUGAUAAGGUCAUUGAAUUGAACCUUUCGGAAAUCGAGCCCCACAUUAACGGACCCUUCACACCUGAUUUGAGCACACCUCUUAGCAAGUUUAAGGAUCUUGUCAAGGAGAAGGGAUGGAAGGAUGAGCUGUCUGCUGGAUUGAUUGGAUCCUGCACAAACUCUUCCUAUGAGGAUAUGUCACGAUCUGCCUCCAUCGCUAGACAAGCUGCUGCCGCUGGCAUCAGCACCAAGAGCAAUUUCUUGGUCACUCCUGGUUCUGAGCAGAUCCGCGCUACUAUCGAACGAGACGGUCAGGUCAAGGAAUUUGAGAACGCUGGUGCUCAAGUUUUGGCCAACGCUUGUGGACCUUGCAUUGGUCAAUGGAAGCGUACGGACAUUGACAAGUCCAAGCCCGAAGAAAAUGCUAUUUUGACAUCCUUCAACCGUAACUUCCGUAGCCGAAAUGACGGUAACCCCAAGACCAUGAAUUUCUUAGCUGCUCCUGAGAUCGUCACCGCUAUGACUUUCUCUGGCAAGUUGUCUUUCAACCCCAUGACGGAUAGUCUUCAGGACAAGAAUGGACAAGAUUUCCGCUUUGAACCCCCGCAUGGUGAUGACUUGCCUGGCCAAGGAUUCGACGCUGGAAGAGCCACCUACGAACCUCCAUCCCCUACGCCCACAUCCGACGAAAAUGUUGAGAUUAAGGUUGAUCCCAAGUCCAACCGUCUUCAAGUUUUGGAUCCAUUUGAUGCAUGGAACGGAGAUGAGAUGAAGAAUUUGCGAGUUUUGGUCAAGGUGGAAGGCAAAUGCACUACUGAUCACAUUUCUGCUGCUGGACCUUGGCUCAAGUACAAGGGUCAUCUUCAAAACAUCGCUGAAAACACAUUGAUCGGCGCUCUUAACGCCGAUAAUGGCAAGGUCAAUGUUGUGACCGAUAUUACCACUGGCAAAGAAGGCAGCAUUCCCGAGGUGGCAAAGAGCUACAAGUCCCAAAAUCAGCCAUGGCUUGUCAUUGCCGAUCACAAUUAUGGUGAGGGUUCAGCACGCGAGCACGCUGCUUUGCAGGUCCGUUAUCUUGGAUGCCCGCUUAUUAUUGCUCGAUCGUUUGCUCGUAUCCAUGAAACCAACUUGAAGAAGCAAGGUGUCCUUCCAUUAACAUUCGCCAACGAAAACGACUAUGAGAAACUCUCUGGUGGUGAUGUCGUUGAGACGAUCGGUGUUAAGGGGAUCGCUCCUGGAAAAGCUGUGACACUGGUUGUCAAGAAGCAAGGAGGAGAGCAAUUUGAAAUUGAAGCUAAGCACACUAUGAGCACCGAUCAGAUUGAAUGGUUCCAAAAGGGUAGCGCUUUGAACUUGAUCAAGGAAAAGGUCAAUCAACUCUAGAUGGCCAUGUUCAUAGAUAACUAGAAUUUUCAUGCCAACCCCCAGCCAAAAAAAAGGUUUUAAGAAAAUACCAUUAAAAAUUGCGAACAAAAGUACCACCAUGAUAUGCGGUCA